AUGGGCAUUGAGGACUUGAAUACCCGUACUCUCUCGACAGAGUAUCUGUUCGAAGACCCCGAGAAGUUUGUGUCGCAAAAGCAGUACAUCAAGUUCGAAACUCUUCAAGAUGUGGAAACCCGUCGUCGAAAGAUCUUGAAGCGUAGCGAGCUCCCCUUUUGGAGGAUCUUGGGAUACUUCGAAGGGACUUGUCUUCGAGCCAUGAUCGUGGAUUGGCUUUUGUGGGUCACGUUGGCCGUGUUUUUGUCGCUCCGUGUUGUGCUCCGUCUCCAGGGGGGCAAGAACGAAGCCUAUCGGUACAGCUUUGGCAGCAUGAUGGACCUCGGUGAUACCGAUAUCAGCGUUAUUGGUGGAUUCUUGUCGUUCUUUCUGGUUCUGUUUGUCAAUCAAAGCAAUUCCCGCUUCUACGAAAUGUACAAGACCAGCCAAAAGUGUCCUUCGCGCAUCUUCGAUGUGGCGCAGAUCUUGAUUCCGCCUUGCCACAAAAAGAACAAACGCGAUUUGGCCGCUCGAGUGAUCCGUUAUUUGAACGCGGCCCACGUAGCUGGAUACGUUGGCCUAAGCCGCACCUAUUCCAAGCCCGAGUUUUUUGACAGGUUGAACAAUCAGCAUCGAUUCUUGAGCCAGCAGGAACUGAAGCGCAUUCAAGAGCUGGACAUGGACCAUGGUCCCACCGCCUUUCACGAAUUGGUGACCUGGGCCAUGAUGGAUAUCGAAACUGCCUUUGAGGAGAAUCUUAUCGACGCCCGUGAAAAAAGUGCUCUCAAGGAGAAGACGACACAGUUUCGUGAAGCCAUGGAUGAAUUGUACGCGUAUUGUGAUCAACCCAUUCAUUUCUUUUACAUUCACUUUUUGUGUCUCUUGAGUGCAGUAUACCUGCCCUUGUUUGCCGCAAAUGCUGCCUUUGAAGCAGGAACGGGGGGCGAGACGCACUGGAGUUGGGAUGUCUUGUCCUUUCUGGUCGUCCUGGUUCAAGCCAUUUUUGUCAUUGGAUUGCGUCUAUUGGGGCAGAAAAUGGUGGACCCCUUUGGCGAUGACGUGGAAGACUUGAGUGUGAUGUACUACGUUACGGAAACUUGGCAAAAGAGCAACCGAAUGCUGGCUGCUAGUUACCCCAGUGCCGUGUCCCCAGAGACGGAAGAAAAGCUUCAGAAAAGCCAAUCAGUUUCCCUCGGACGAGGCUUUGGAAAGAAAACGUCAACCAAGAACAUGGGAGUCGCGCCGCAGCAAAAGGAGCAACAACAGCAGCUGCAAGAGGACGCUGCAAGCACGGCUCCUACCGAGCCAGACUUGAUGGAAUAA